GAAGCGUUCGACGCGGAAGUGAAGCGACCCCGAAUCCCUUCUUUGACGCAUGCAUUUGCACUUUGAGCACUUCUUGUUGCCUUAAAUUUAAACUUGCAGAUUUAAGCUUAUACAGACAGAGGAGUGUGUGGUGCAGGCAUGUCGUCCAGCGGGGUAGCAGUGUUGCGGGCCGUGGAGACGCCGCUGUUCUGGCUCGGAGCUGCGACCGCGGCCUGGAUCUCCCUGUGCACCGUGUGCCGGCUGCUGGCCGGGAUCAGGGUGUGGGUGUUGGGCAACGGACGGCUCGUCUCACCCGCCAAGCUGGGAAAAUGGGCAGUUGUCACCGGAGCCACAGAUGGGAUUGGGAAAGCUUAUGCUGAGGAGCUUGCCCGCAGAGGCUUUGCCAUCGUGCUAAUCAGCCGCUCUCAGGAGAAGCUGGAUGACGUAUCCAAGGCAAUCUCGAGCAAAUGUGGAGUGGAGACCAAAACCAUCGCUGCAGACUUCAGUGCUGUAGAUAUCUACUCUAGGAUUGAAGCUGGACUUGCAGGACUGGAGAUUGGAGUACUGGUGAACAAUGUUGGAAUAUCCUAUUCUUACCCUGAAUUCUUCCUCAAAGUCCCCAAUCUCGACACUUUCAUCGACACCAUGGUCAACAUUAACAUUACAUCCGUGUGCCAGAUGACGCGUCUUGUUUUGCCUCAGAUGGUGGAGAGGAAGAAGGGGGCCAUCCUCAACAUUUCGUCUGCCAGUGGGAUGUACCCAGUUCCUCUACUCACCGUUUACUCUGCUUCCAAGGCAUUUGUGGAUUUCUUCUCUCGAGGACUGCAAGCUGAAUACAAGAUAAAAGGCAUCAUCAUCCAGAGCGUUCUGCCAUUUUUUGUCGCAACCAAGCUGAGUAAAAUCCGGCGAGCUACUUUCGAUAAGCCCACACCAGAGCGCUACGUGUCAGCCGAGCUCAACACUGUGGGGCUGCAGACCCAGACCAAUGGUUACCUGCCCCAUGCCAUUAUGGGCUGGGUGACUACAGCUCUGCUCCCUGCCAAGAUCCUCAACAGCCACGUGAUGGGGAUGGGUUUGUCCCAGCGCGCUCGUUACCUUAAGAAGCAGAAGCAGGGUUAGAUGGAUCUGCUGUGGCUGGGAGCUGCGGGAGCGCACAGAGGGGACCAGCUGUGUUAACGACCAGUCUGACUACCAUCAUCGUGGACCAGGAAGAGAAAAUGUGACAGUUUCUGGGCAACACCUCCCUCUGAUACUCCCAGUCAUAGACGAUGCGAGGCAGCAUCUGGUCACAGCUGCCGUCACAUGUAUUCUAUCCAAACAGUUGUGAGAAAAAUACCGAACAAAGUGGUGCUCUUCGGCUUUAAUGAAUCGAACACUAACGCGGAAACUAAAAACAAUUUCCAAAACUAUCCAUCUGUUUGCAAAACAUGAUUGAAAAUUAAGAUGAUGAGGAAAGGAUACUGAUCAUUUAGAUGAGCCGUUGGAGGCAUCUGCAUAUCUGUGAACAUGUUCGGGCCUCCUGUGAGCAUGUGAACCAGCUUUUAGCUCAGAGCUGUUUAGUUAAACACUGAAGGUGGUACUUACUCACCGUUAACACUUUCUAGAGCACUUAAACAAGGUUUUAUUGGGAUUUAAAAGGUGGAAAUGGGUUUUUUUCUUUAAUAACAUCUUUCUUAAUUCCUCAUUAUUUCAGUAUUUUUUUUCCUCCGCUCCACAGAAGUCUUAAAGCACUUAGAGUUAAGAUUCUUUUUGAGGACCGACUCAAAAUAUCUUUGAUGACUUUUUUGUGUGUGUGUGAAUGUUGUGAAUAAGGAACUGGUUGUUUAACCAAAUUUCAGUAAUUAAAAAAAAAAGUAAAAGGAGGCUCUGUAGAUGAAUAACCAGCACACAGACAGAAGUUUGGGUGGAUUAUUAAUAUUAAUCAUGAUCUUUUCACCUUUUUAUCUUUGGAUUUAGUAAAAAUACCAAACCAAAAUGUACAGAAGAGACAAACCAAUGAGGUAGUGUAAAGUCUAUGGUACCUUUCUCUGCCUUUUUCUUGUAUUUGUCUGUUCAUGUCAGUACUAGCCUCAUGUUUCAUAUGUUUCAUCAUCUUUAGAUUAAACUGUAUUAUGGAAGCUUUGUACUUUCACUCUUACUAACUCUUUUGUUGCAGCAGCAAGGGACCAACUUCAGUUUUAAGUGCUUCUCUCAAGGGUAAUGGCAUAAGGUAUAUUGUGAAUACCUGGGGUGCAUGUUGUUUUGGGUGGGAACAAGAACAGCUGGAAAACCACAUUGUAUUUUGUCCUUCCAGUCAUCCAAUAAAUAUCAAUUCAAACUUC